GCAGGCAUGAGCCACUGUGCUCGCCCUGAAUUAAGAAUGUUGUUAGGAAACAAGAAGUCCCAGGGUGGGGCAAAAACUACUCAGGAGCUGCAGAUUUGUCUGUCUGCCAGGGGACAGUACUCCCUAGCCCAGCUGAUUGCAUCUGUUCAGCCUGUAGCAGUGCCUGAGAGGGGAGUGCUUGGCUCUGCCUGUGUGUAGGGCCGGCCAGCCAGCCCACCAUGCAGUUGGAAGACUGCAGCUGAUGCUUUUGGCAGCUGAGGGGCUCCUGGAGGCUGGGCUGGGCCAGACGGGGUGUCAGGGCUAGCCUUGGUUGCAGGAUGUUUUGAGGGUGAAGACAGUAAGGUGGUCCUACUGCUUGGGCUUUCCUACCCUUUGGGAGGGCCAAGCCAGAGCUAUUUGCUACCAAACACCUUUUUCCUAUUAACUAAGCAUACCGCCCAUCUGGGCAGGAACAAGCUGAGGGCCUGACAAGCAGGGAGCCAGGUUCCUGCCAACAACCAGAUUCCCCAUUUCUAAAGAAUGGAAAGAGCUCUUGGGAGGUGACCAAGGCCACAGCCAGCCCCUCCCUGUUGAGCACUGAAGACUGAUACGCAUUACAGAGUCUGGAGCAGCCAGCAGUGGAAAGUUGAAGCCGAGGUGUGUGGCAGGCAGCUGAGGGAGCAGAGAGCUGCUGAACAGAGAGAGACUCAGAGGACGUGGUGAAGCAUGGCUGUGACCCUGCAGUUCCUGGCUUGCCUGGUGGUAGCCAUUUGUCUCCUCUCUGUUGUGUCUACAACCCAGCACCAUGCAGGUACCAGGGCUUCAGGGCAGCCCAUGGACAGCACCAGCGUGGGAGGUGGCCUGCAGGAGCCAGAGGUCCCGGAAGUGAUGUUUGAGCUGCUCUGGGCUGGGCUGGAGCUGGAUGUCAUGGGGCAGCUGCACAUCCAAGACGAGGAACUAGCCUCCACACACCCAGGCCGCCGACUCAGGCUCCUCCUGCAGCACCACGUGCCCAGUGACUUGGAGGGCGCUGAGCAGCGGCUGCAGCAGCUCCAGGACCAGCGGAAGGGGCCUCCUCUUAGCACUUGGGACUUUGAACAUCUGCUCCUCACGGCCCUGUCCUGCAUCUACCGGCUCCAUGCAGCUAGUGAGGCUGAGGAACGGGGCCGCUGGGCCCAAGUCUUCACUCUCCUGGCACAGGAAACACUCUGGGACCUGUGCAAGGGUUUCUGCCCCCAGGACCAGCCCCCUUCCCUGGGGCCCUGGGCCUCCAUCCUUGACUCCUUCCCCUGACCCUCCCCUUUUGCUCUUUCACCUGCUAAACCCCCUCUCCUCUCCCCCUCAACUCCCCAGGCAGACCCAUCUUGGGCAGGGGCUUCUGUCUAGCACCUGGUUCUUUUCACUGUGUUCAGAUCUCUGGGCUUGGCUUGCGACAUCCCCUCUCUGCUUACCCUGACCAGAUCUUGUUUCUGGGAUCUUGAAAGGCUAAGAACCCAGGCUUUGGGUUCCAAGGAGUAGGCACAGAACUAAGGGCAUGACAGGCAGGCAGGGUGUGUGUGGACAACUGGAGUCAGGAUUGAGAAGUGUGUUCAAGAGAUGCUGAAAGGGAAGCUGUCCCAAGUAAGGCCAGGUCAGAUCCUCCAACUCCUACCCUGGCAGUCUGUAACGGUCCUGUGGAAUUCACAGGAAUCCUUUAGGUGCUGAGCACCCCCUUUUAAACACAACCAAGGAUCUGGGGUCCCUGAGCCUCCAAAUUCCCAUCUGGGUUGGGAGAAUAGAUUAGACUUGAGUUCUGUGUGUUGGAGGAGUGAAGGGAAGCAGGCGGAGGGAGGCAGUAUCUCAGUAAGCGUCGAGUGAACACCUCAGAGGAGGGAGUAAGGCUGGGAGAAGACCAAGGAGAGGGAAGCGGAGGUGGGCUGGAGCAGGUGCGGCCCUGAUUCUGUGUUGCUCUUCUCAUUAAAUGUUCUGUUUCGGC